AUCACCUAUAAGGCUCUGAGCUCCUUGGACCCCAGUGCAGACCUGACCACCCAGCGCGGCAGGGUGUUCAAGCUACGCAACGAGACCCACCACCUGUUUGUGGGGCUUUACCCUGGCACCACCUACUUCUUCACCCUCAAAGCCAGCACCAACAAAGGUUUUGGACCCCCUGUUACCACCCGCAUCGCCACGAAGAUAGCAGGUGAGUAAGACUUGUUCAGAGCAGAUAGUCUUAAUAGUGGUGUUUCGUUGGUGUCAGAAAUGCACAUACAUACAACUACAAGCACUAUGACAGAAAUUAUGUUACCAUAGCAGCAGUUUUUUUCUCCUUUUUCCUUUUUUCUUUUGUAUGUUUUAUGAAAGUAAAAAAUAGACACCGUGAAAUGCUCUGUUUUCUAAAAAUACCUUUCAGAACAAGGCGCGAACACAUGACUAAGACUAGUAAGGCCAGUGUAUUAUUCUUCAUUCUUAAAUUCUUUUUUUAUUUUUUUAUGGACACACCUUCUCAGUAAAACAGUGACCCUUCAAAUGUGUACAUAGGGAUUACAUGCUGGGAAUGAUUCAUGAAGUUGUAUGAGACUCACAGUGGAAAUUAAGCUAGAGUAGAAUAAAAUCUACAUACUGUACAUAUGCUGAGGUCAAACAAAGUUGGGGAUGAAGAUUGGCACGUUAUUAACACAUCAAUUUAAUGCUGUUGCUGACGGUCAAAAUAUCACUGAAAUGACAACUCUCUCCUUGAAGUUCUUGAUGAUCCGAUAAAUGGCUGAUUUAGGUGCAAUCUUACUAGCAGCAAUAUCCUUGCCUGUGAAGCCCUUUUUGUGCAAAGCAAUGAUGACGGCACAUGUUUCCUUGCAGGUAACCAUGGUUAACAGAGGAAGAACAAUGAUUUCAAGCACCACCUUCCUUUUAAAGCUUCCAGUCUGUUGUUCUAACUCAAUCAGCAUGACAGAGUGAUCUCCAGCCUUGUCCUCGUCAACACUCUCACCUGUGUUAACAAGAGAAUCAUUGACAUGAUGGCAGCUGGUCCUUUUGUGGCAGGGCUGAAAUGCAGUGGAAAUGUUUUUGGGGGAUUUUCAUGGCAAAGGGGGACUUUGCAAUUAAUUGCAAUUCAUCUGAUCACUCUUCGUGACAUUCUGGAGUAUAUGCAAAUUACCAUCAUCAAAACUGAAGCAGAAGACUUUGUGAAAAUUAGUAUUUGUGUCAUUAUCAAAACUUUUGACCACGACUUUCGACAGAAUGUAGCAAUCAAACAGUGAGCAAUUGUUCAUCAUUGUCCACCAUUCAUUUGAACCACGUCAUUCCUGACAUUCAUAGAUAGAAAUGGUGUAACACAAGCAUGAAGGAUUUGUCUUCUUAUCUCUGAAAGUAAACAUUCCCUGUCUUAGUUGUCAGUCAUGCAACAGACUAGAGCCUUGAUGGCCUGGAGCAUCAACGCCUCUCUCUUUGAAUCCCUGAACGAAUUGGCAUAUCUAAUUCCAGCCUUGAUUUAUCUAAUCAAGGUUGUCUGAUUAAUGUUUUGGAGAUAAUGAAGACGUGACAUUUGAAAGAGAUGGCACUAUCGUGACGUGUAUAGGGCAAGGUUUUCACACCAACACGCUUCUGUUAGGGUACAUCUUUAAAAAGGUCAAUCUUUAGCAAUGGCUUCAUGGACAACAUUGACUUAAGCGUAUUCCAUAGAUGGAGAUGGUAUAUUUACUGUUACUGUAUGCCAUACUCCAUUGUGGAUUAGCUUCAGCAAUCACAGGGCUAAAUCCACUAUUGUCAUGAUGUCAGGGGACCAAGUUUGUUUUAAAUAUAGGAAUUCAACAGGGUUGUGUUCAUUAAGCAACAAAAGUAACAAAAACAGACUCAAUCAUAUUAGUAAUUCAUGGAAAAACAUUUUAAAAGUUUUCUGUGUCGUGCCCUAAUGAACACUUACUUGAUCUCAUCCCCUCUGAAUCUUUUCCCACCAGCCCCAUCGAUGCCGGAGUACGAGACAGACACGCCCCCUCUGAACGAGACAGACACCACCAUCACAGUUCUGCUGAAGCCUGCCCAAUCCAGAGGAGCUCCCGUCAGGUACCACACUAUGACAUCACUUCCUGUCAACAGUUACAUGUCCAAGUGUCUCCAUUUUGGAAGUGUUAACUUCAACUUAGUCUGCUUCAAAAGUGAAAACUCUGGUAUAAAGCCUAACUCACAAUUUGUUUUGCAUGAUAUUAUGGAGGUGUCAGAUUGGCAAAAUGAUUGUGUGUGGAAAGAUUUUAUAUUAAAUUGUAUUAAUUGGUUGUUUUAACUGCUUAUCUGCACACUAAGAAAUUAAUUUGUUCUUACACAACACGACAAUACAGUUUUCGCUUAGGCCUAUUUGCACAGGGUUUUACUAAAGUGUUACCUCUUUCUUUCUCUAAAAAGACAAGUUACAAGCACAGAAUCCACUUCAUAUUUAUCCCAACCUUGAAAUGGUUCGCCGAAGUCCAAAGAAUCUCCUAAAUGAAAAACGGAAUUAUUGUUGUUCUGCUGGUUGUUUUGAGGUAUUAGAAGCAGUCAUUCAUAUAAGUGCAAUUUGUAUGCAAAAUGCAUUAAGGGGAUCAAGUUCAAUUUGCAUUGUAGUUGGCAGAGCAACACAGUUCUUUUAAAAGUUUCAUUGCAUUUAGUUCCAGUUUUGAAAACACAGCCUUGACAAAACAGUCACGACAUACUAACUUAUGCCAAUUCAACACUACUGGCCGUUGGCUUGGAACAACAGCUUAACCGCUUUAGGAACAUGAACCGCAAGCAGUUUGUUGACAUUCAUGAAAAUGUGGUUCACGUGUGCAUAUUGAAAUAGGACAUUUUGUGCUCAACCUAACAACCCAGAAGGAAACUAUUUCCCAGUGUUAACCGAAUACCUCAAUUGCCCUUAUGGGCUAACAUUUGGUCAGAAAGAAAAUGCUUAUGUACUUGCUAUUGGGCUAUCAAUAUUUCCAGGCCUUGUGUAGCAUUAUAUAAUUGAAAUAUCUGAAGGGAAUAAUGCACUUGUGAAAUUGUUAAAUAGGAAUUUAUAUCCAAGUGUAUACAGUAUUCUCUAAUUUAAUAUAAUACACAUGCUAUAUUAAAUUUUCUGAUGUAGCAACUACUAAAUCCUUUCAUAAACACUUCAAAUAUGCCCCUAAGUGAUACCAGAUGUGCAUGAGGUUCAUUGCCACAUGUCAAAUCAAAUCACAUUUUAUUUGUCACAUACGCCGAAUACAACGGGUGUAGACCUAACCGUGAAAUGCUUGCUUACGAGCCCUUCCCAAUGAUGCAGAGUUAAAAAAUAAUACUAAAAAUAAAAAUAGUAACAAUAAAAUACACAAGAAUGGAGCUAUAUACAGGGAGUACCAGUACCAGAUCAAUUUGCAGGGGUAUGAGGUAUUUGAGGUAGAUAUGUACAUGAAGGCUGGGUAAAGUGACUAGGCAUCAGGAUAUAUAAUAAUAAGAGUAAAAUAAAGAACAGAGUAUGUGAGUGAGUGUAUAUAUAGUCUUGUGAGUGUGCAUAGAGUCAGUGCAAGAUAGGGUUAGUGCAGAUAGUCUGCUUUAUAUUGAAAACAAGUCAUUACAUGGUAAAUAUGGUAGCCUAAAUUUCACAUACAGAUAAUGCUUUAAAAAGUAUAAUGGUCUCUAGAACAUAAAAGCUCUGCUUUAAUGAAAAUGUUUCAUGUUUACCAAAAAAGCUCACGACAAGAUCAGCCAGCUGUUACAUCCAUCCUGCACAUAUGGAUACAACCAAGCCAUUUUUCCAAUGCACUUGUUUGGUCUCUGAAAGCCAUUAGUUAGAAAUGGAUAUUUGCUGUCAGAGAAAAGUGCACGCUCCUUUGGUCAUCAGCAAUUAUCCCAUAUGAAAGAUGCCAAAUUAGAGGCUAGGAUAAUUUGCCCUAGUCCUUCACAGAAACAUACAAUUCCCUAAUUGCAUAUAAUUGUGAAGUGUGUUCUUGGCAUAGAUGGACGUAAUUGCGGACAACCACUAUGGAGCCCCAGGGCUCAAAAGAAGUGCUUAUCCAUUCAUGAACCCCAGCGCAGAAACAAACCCUCCACUCAUUACCUUACUUUCCAUUGACAGGGCCUUUCAAAAAAGGCCAGUCUAAAGACAGCUCCCACUGGCUCCUCACUUCUAAUUAGGGGUAGAUUUCCCUCUACUGGUCCCUCACAGAAAUGACUGCCCAAUAGAAGUGCUCCCCCCGGACAAGUCUGUGUUUAUAUUCUAAGUAUAUAAUAUAUUGUUUUCCACAGAGUUACCAUUAUUUUCCAAAAGGUCACCAAACAUGAUCUUUUUUUUUAGUCUGCAUCUUCAACAGGUGAUGGAAUUCACGCUGGAGAUAUGAACGUACUAAUCGCAAAGCAAAAUGAAAGCUGGAAAACAGUCAUGUGGUCAAUUUGGAGUGGUAUGAAUAGUUCAUUGGAGGUUAAGACAGAGCAGCAGUAAGACUUCUCUCUCUGCUCAGAUAAACGUUGUAUAUAGCUUUAAACUGACCCUACACAAACUACAAACCCAUUCUGUAUGUACAACAGUAUGGAUAUAGUCAGACAUUAGGUGGUUCCUUAUUAAAUUUAAUGAUCUUUAUGAAUUAAUUUUUAAAUCAAUAUCACAUUUCUUAUGGAAACCCGGGUUUGAGUUUAGUGCCGUAUGUAUCAAUCGUCUCAGUGUAGGAGUGCUGAUACAGAAUCAGGUACCCCUUGUCCAUGUAAUCUUAUUCAUUGUGAUCUAAAAUACCAAACUGAUCCUAGAUCACCACUACUACUCUGAGACGCCUCAUACAGUGCCUUCAGAAAGUAUCCACCACCCUUGACCUUUUUUCACAUUUUGUUGUCUUACAGCCUGAAUUUAAAAUGUAUUAAAUUGAAUUUUUUUGUCACACACACACACAAUACCUUUUAAUGUCAAAGUGGAAUUAUGUUUUUUGUAAUUUUUACAAAUUAAUUACAAGUGAAAAGAUUAAACGUCUUGAGUCAAUAAGUAUUCAACCCCUUUGUUAUGGCAAGCCUAGAUAAGUGGAAUGGUGCACAGUGUGCAAUAAUAGUGUUUAAGAUGAUUUUUUAAUGACUACCUCAUCUCUGUACCCCACACAAACAAUUAUCUGUAAGGUCCCUCAGUCGAGCAGAGAAUUUCAAACACAGAUUCAACGACAAAAACCAGGGAGGUUUUCCAAUGCCUCGCAAAGAAGGGCACCUAUUGGUAGAUGGGUGAAAAUGUUAAAAGCAGACAAUGAUUAUCCCUUUGAGCAUGGUGAAGUUAUUAAUUACACUUUGGAUGGUGUAUCAAUACACCCAGUCACUACAAAGCUACAAGCGUCCUUCCUAACUCAGUUGCCGGAGAGGAAGGAAACCGCUCAUGAGGCCAUUGGUGACUUUAAAACAGUUUCAGAGUUUAAUGGCUGUGACAGGAGAAAACUGAGGAUGGAUCAACAACAUUGUGUUUACUCCACAAUACUGACCUAAAUGACAGAGUGAAAAGAAUGAAACCUGUACAGAAUACAAAUAUUCCAAAAAAUGCAUCCUGUAAGACGCUAAAGUAAAACAGAAAAAAAUGUGGCAAAGAAAUUAACUUUAUGUCCUGAAAACAAAGUGCUGUUUAAGGCAACUCGAACACCACACAUCACUGAGUGUCACGCUUCAUAUUUUCAAGCACGGUGGUGGCUGCAUCAUAUGGGUAUGCUUGUCAUCGGCAAGGACUAGGGAGUUUUUUUUGGAUAAAAAGAAACGGAAUAAAGCUAAGCAUAGGCAAAAUCCCAGAGGAAAACCUGGUUCAGUCUGCUUUCCAACAGACACUGGGAGACAAAUUCACCUUUCAGCAGGACAAUAACCCACAAACACAAGGUGAAAUAUAUACUGGAGUUGCUUACCAAGACGACAUUGAAUGUUCCUGAGUGGCCUUGUUACAGUUUUGACUUAAAUUGGCUUGAAAAUCUAUGGCAAGACUUGAAAUGGCUGUCUACAACAACUUGACACAGCUUGAAAUGUGUUACAAAGAAUAAUGUAAAAUAUUGUACAAUUCAGGUGUGCAAAGCUCUUCUAGACUUCCCCAAAAAGACUCACAGCUGUAAUCACUGCUAAAUGUAUUGACUCAGGGGGUUGAAUACUUAUGUAAUCAAGAUAUAUUAGUGUCUUUUUUUCUUUUUUACAAAUGUUAGAAGUUUUCUUCCACUUUCACGUUACAGAGUAUUUUGUGUAGAUCGUUGACAGAAAAUGACAAAUAAAUUCACAACAAAAUGUGGAAAAAGUCAAGGGGCGUGAAUACUUUCUGAAGGCACUGGUCAGACCCCUGAUUAUGACCCUUGACCUUUGCCCUCUGCUCUCUCCCCAGUGUCUACCAGCUGGUGGUGAAAGAGGAACGCAAGCAGAAGGUGCGGAGGGCAGCCGACGCGCAGGAGUGCUUCCCCGUCCCCGUCAGCUUCAAAAAUGCCUCCAUUUUGGAUUCGCCCCACUACUUUGCGGCGGAGCUCCCGCCCACCUACCUGACUGUUGUGCAGCCCUUCACCAUAGGCGACAACAAGACCUACAACGGCUACUGGAACCCCCCUCUCUCUUCGUCCAAGAGCUACAGCAUUUACUUCCAAGCCCUGAGCAAAGCCAAUGGGGUGAGCUGUCAUACCUCCUUUUAAGAUCCAUCACUGUUCAAUUUCCAUCGCUUAUGUUGUCUAGAUACAGAUUACGGUUGUCACGCUACCAGUAUCACCAUACUCAGAAGUAUCAAGACCAGCAAACAAAACAUGAAGCAAACUUAAUUUCAUUUUGGAACCAAACAAACAGCCUUACUGUCAUUUGGAGUCAUUUUCUAAGCUAUAACACACAAUUUAUUUUACAUAAAGCAGGUUUUUAAAAUACUGAAGAGUUUAGUCUGCUUUGUGUUUUCCUCUUUGCUAUAACACAUUGAGUAUUGUAGUAUCAUGAUAAUGGUAUUGUGUCAACCCUAAUACAGAUGGGAAUGUCCUUUUAGUGAAUAAUGAAAGACCGCAUUUUUCCCACGCUAUCUUGAAUCAUAUCAAGUUCUGUUUUUGAAGGUGUAAUUUACUACGGGGUGCAUGCUCCCCUUAUUUCUGGUUUGAAAUACAACUAAGUUUAUUUAUGAUCUAGUACAUACCUAUCAGCCAAGUGAAUGUACAGUAAAAUUGCAAAAGGGAUGUCCAAUAGCAUGUGCCUGUUCUUUUUGUUUUGCCAAAUCGUAAACAGCAUGCAAAUGUAUGGCUCUCUAGCUCUUCUUAACCUCUAUGUGAUCGGUGUCCCGUAUACGGGACGGUUCAGCUAACGUGCGCUAAUGUGAUUAGCAUGACUGUUGUAAGUAACAGCAAACUUUCCAGGACAUAGACAUGUCUUAUAUGGGCAGAAAGCUUAAAUUCUUCUUAAUCUAACUGCACUGUCCAAUUUACAGUAGCUCUUACAGUAAAAAAAUACCAUGCUAUUGUUUGAGGAGAAUGCACAACAACAAAAAACUUAUCACGGCAACUGGUUUGAUACAUUCACCUCUGAAGGUAAAUAAUAUACUUUUUAAUUCAGUAAUCUUGCUCUGAUUUGUCAUCCUAAGGGUCCCAGAGAUCAAAUGUAGCAUAGUUUUGUUUGAUAAAAUCAAUUUUUAUAUUCAAAUGUAGGAACUGGGUUCUACAGUUUGAACCCCUGUUGUCUCUGGCUCCACACCCACUCUGCCCGGCCAUCUAGAUGUAUGAAAGUUAGUGUAUAAGCUAAUGAUCCAUCAUGUAUGAAAUUCCUGGGAGUUUUGUAGGUUCUCUAUAGUUAUGUACUUGAAAAUGUAUCAAUUGACCAAUUCGGCACAUUUGGACAGACUUUAUACAAAAUAGUCCAGUAUUGCAAUGCUUCACUGGAUCAAUCUGAAACUUUGCACACACACUGCUACCACCUAGUGGCCAAAAUCUAAAUUGCGCCGAAACUGCAAUAUUAUAUUGUGGCCUUUCUCUUGCAUUUCAAAAAUAAAUAGAAUUUUUUGUAUUAUCUUUUUCCAGAUGUAAUGUGUUAUAUACUUCUACAUUAAUUUCACAUUUCCACAAACUUCAAAGUGUUUCCUUUCAAAUGGUAUCAAGAAUAUGCAUAUCAUUGCUUCAGGUCCUGAGUUACAGGCAGUUAGAUUUGGGUAUGUCAUUUUAGGAGAAAAUUGAAAAAAGGGUCCGAUCCUUUUAAUCGUAAAAGGUUAUACUAUGAAAUAGAUUUUAGAAAUCGCUUAAAACUAGAGGGUGUUCAAUAAUGUGGUUCAGCGUGCCUGAGCGCUGGUCACAUCGACUUCAUGCUUUGAUUGGAUCUCAGUCAAUUCAAUCUGAGUUUUAGGAAAAGUUAGAAUUUUUUAAAAUAAAGUCAUGCAUAAAAUAUGGAUUUAGCUUGGUAGUUUAGACCUGCCAUCAAGGAUAAGUCAUUUAUUUCACCUCUCUCGUUCCUUAAUCUGUUUCUCUGUCGAAACCUCAGAGGGACGAGUAUAACUAUUUUCACUUAUAUUUUCCCCUAUUACAUUCAAGUUAGAUAACAUAAAUGUAAAAUCAAGUGUGGCUUAACUGUCACUCCGUGGCUUUAAAGUACGCCAGCCCAUCAUUAUUAUUUAAUCUAAUGGUUUUUCCAUUUAGCCAUUGUCACAAAUGUAAAUGCUCAGUGUAAACAUGUUGACUGCUGCUACUCACUUAUAUUCUCCAUCUUUCAAUAGACUACAUAGUGUACAUACUGACGGUACUGUGUGUAUUCCCUUACCGACUACUACAGCAUGAAAUACCCAUGUGAUUUGAGUUGUGCAUGAUGGCAGCACAGCUUGGAUCCCUAGUUUGCUCAUGAAGUCUCCUGUCACGGGUGGCAUCCCUAAGAUGCCACUCUUUCAUACUUUCAUUGUGCCAAUUAGAAAGCAUGCACAUCAAAUGAGCCCGAGCAGGCUUUUCCAAAGCUCUGCGAUGCCACCCAAGCCCCCCGACAUAAAAGACAAACUAAAUUUGCCUUGGGGAGGAGAGUUUAAGUCUGGAUAGAGAAAUAGGAAGGGAGAGAGAGAGAUAGUGAGAGAAAAGGGGGUUGGGGAAGGCUCUUCCUCCUAGUACAGACGAGCUGUCUGCUGAUUCCUCAGCCAGGGCGGGUGCCAACUGCAGUCACCAACUCUCCUGACACUGCCAAUUGCGCUUGAAACAACCCCCUCCCUGGCCUCUCAAGUCCCCCAGGCUUCUUUCUUGAGUCCAGGCUGCUUGUCCUAAACAUCAGUUGCUAGAAGGGCAGCCAUAUUGACUGACUGGUCAUAUUUGUGGCAGAAUUUGCUCCCCCCAGGAUAUGAUGUUAAGGCUUGACAAUUAGGAGACAACACACCCUCUCCAUUUCCUGUAGUACCAACCAGAGGGGAGCAAAUACAUAUUUUUGAAAGUGUGCUUUUGCCCAACAUGUAGAAUUUUGAACAUGGUGAGGUACAGAGAGAAACUAUAUGUUUACGGAGCAGUAUUCAGGUGCUUUCAACGUUGCACAAAGCAAAGAGCUGAACCUGUACGGUGACACAGAAAGAUGGUGGAGAAAUGAAACAAAGCAGGUGGCACUUUGAGAAAAUGGCCUCCAAAUGCAGCCCUCCCCUUGACUUGUAAAAAGGCUCACGUCGGCCAUGCAGCCUCUAAUUAACUACAGUUCACCCGAAGUGGAGGGCAGGAGAAGCUGGGGGAGAUGUUUUUCGUAUGACAGUGGGUGUCAAACAAAUUUGACUCCCCUGUACUCGGCACACAACGGGAAGAGCAUCCAUCAGAAUGAGCACUCGCUGUAAAAACCAGAGUGCCUUACCCCACUGUCCCGUGGCAGACAGACAGUCUGAGACAAACCAGACUCUCACUAAGUAAUGAUGUCGGUGCUUUGGCCUGUCACCAGAGGCAGUUAAAGUGAGUCAAAAUUAAAUGUGCUCAUCUCGUGUUGCUUCCUCUUAAACACUUCCUUAUUGGGCUGUUUCAGUUCUGACUGUAUCUGAAGAUAAUCACCUUCAAGCCUUUCAAAGAUCCUGUGACAAAUUGUUGGGUCACGUAUGGUUCCUUUCGUGUCAGGCCCAAAUUAUUGUCUCUUGCUAUGUGAAAGUGUCUGUUUCUUUCUUUCUUUAUUUACUAAUUAGUUAUUUUGAGUCAUAGUGUUUUGGGGUGGAUGGAGAAAGAGUUUGUUUUUAUUCUGUCUUUUACUUGUUUUUGUUAAGGGGCAUAAUUAUCAUGUCAUUUCAGCACAUCAAAAGUACCACAUUUUGCUUUACUGCUUAUCUUUAGCGUUAGUUCCUGGAAAGGCGCAUGACAUGUCGGACCACAGUUUAGACUGGUGAUGUGAGCGUGUUAGGACUCUGGGGCUGUCUGUGUUUCCUACAGCAGUUCCACCAGCUGCACCACAGGGACUUGGUAUUCAGCUCAGGCUAG